AUGAGUCUAUUCCGGGCACACCUCGUCUUUUAUCGGUGUGCUCUCAAUCUAAAUUCAUCUUAUAACUUUGGUUUCUUAGUUGCAAUUACCUUUGUACUCCAAAUAAUUACAGGUAUCACUUUAGCGUUCCGAUAUACUUCUGAAGCAUCUUGUGCAUUUGCUAGUGUUCAACAUCUAGUUAGAGAGGUAGCAGCAGGAUGGGAAUUUAGGAUGUUGCAUGCAACAACUGCUUCUUUCGUCUUCUUGUGUAUCUUAAUACACAUGUCUCGAGUAUGUAUAACUCCAGCUAUAGUUAUUUAACUACUGCUUGGAUGUCUGGUUUAAGUUUUAUAUCUACUUACUAUAGCCACUGCUUUCCUCGGUUAUGUACUACCAUGGGGACAGAUGAGUUUCUGGGGUGCUACAGUCAUUACUAAUCUCCUUUCUCCAAUACCAUAUUUAGUACCUUGGUUACUCGGUGGAUACUAUGUAUCUGAUGUAACAUUAAAACGAUUCUUUGUAUUGCACUUUAUAUUACCUUUUGUAGGUUGCAUUCUAAUUGUAUUACACAUCUUCUAUUUACAUUUAAAUGGUUCUAGUAACCCUGCAGGUAUUGAUUCCGCACUUAAAGUAGCCUUCUAUCCUCAUAUGUUAAUGACCGAUGCUAAAUGUCUAUCCUAUCUAAUUGGUUUAAUUUUCUUACAAACGGCUUUUUGGUUUGAUUGAAUUAUCGCACCCAGAUAACUCCAUACCAGUGAACCGGUUUGUAACUCCGCUUCAUAUCGUACCUGAAUGGUACUUUUUAGCAUAUUAUGCGGUGUUAAAAGUAAUCCCAUCCAAAACCGGUGGUUUGUUAGUAUUUAUGUUAUCAACAU